UAUAAACCAUUACUAAUGUUUGGUUCCUCAGAUUCACCGUGGAGUUCAGAGUUCAUCCAGGAGAUCCUUCUGUCUGCGGAGCGAACAGCUCUUCUCUAUCAUCUCUCUUACCUGCGUCUGGGUAAAUUCCCAAAGCUGGAGCGUCCGAUCAGAGAACUAAAUCGUGAAACACAACGGCUGUUCAGAUGCUCUGAGGCUCUUAUAAUGAAGUGUGUCGGCACGAGUUCCAACCUGGACUCCUCUCUGUUCCCAAUACUGAGGAAAACCGUUGAAAAGAACAAACCCCUUCUGGGUGCGAUGUACCUGGAGAAAGCCAGAACAUGGACUGAUGAGAUCAUUAGUGCCGCGGGUGACAUAGUGAAGAGGUAUGAACAACACAGCCAGAGUGUGGCGUUGUGUGCCAUUGAUGUGAUUCAGCUACAGAAAAAAAAAGAAGAAAAAGAAACUCUACGCUUAGAGAAGAUGAAGAGUGCGGAGCAGCUGAUCAAAGAAAACAGGGGUUUGAUGUCCACAUACCAUCUGACUGAACUUCAGCAGCAGUUGAACCUUUCCAGAAAGCAGCUGGGUGUGAUUUACAGCUCUGUCCACCUGAAGAAGGUCCAGCUGUAUCUUUCUCGAAUCCAGCAAAUUCUGCUCCAGCUUCAGAAGUUCUGGGUGAGAGUGGGAUCUGUUCUGGACACGCUGAAAGACAAGACCGUUGUUGGGGACAAUCUCACCGAGGACCUGGACGACAUGAAGGAGGAGUUUCUGACCUCCAUUGAAGCAGCGGCAGAGCACUGGAAGUCAUUCGGUGGAUGCUGUCGAACUGUACAAGGUGUCUUCAGCGUUCAGUCUAAAGACGUGUAUAAGUUCCUGGAGAUCAAUCCGUCUUCACUCUCAGAGGAUGAACGGAAGGAGCAGUUCGAGUCUGUCAUGAUGAAGCUGAAGCAGAUCAGUCCACAGUAUUCAUCCACCGCCGCCGAGAACUGAUGCUUCCUCGCACACUUUAAACUAAAUGCUCCUUGUAAUGCAUGCGCAUAUUAAUGCAUACAGCUUCUCUGGCCAUGCUUUGUAAUCUUUACAGCUCUUAUACAAUUCCACGUGAAUAUUCUUUAGCGAGUUGGUGUUAUGGAUAUCAUUAUUUCUGUUUCUCAACCGUGCUGUAUCUCUGGUUAAAAUCGCUUUGCAGUUCAUUAUGGUAUAUAUCAUAUAAUCAUGUAGUGUGUCCACAUGACUAAUACACUGUAAAUAGUGAUAAGUUGAAAGUGAUAAGUAAAAAAUUGAGGAAACCCGUUGCCUUAAAUAAUUUUAAGUAAAUAAUAAUCUUUUAAAUAAAGUUAAGUGAACUUGACAAUUCACUUAACUUAUUAUUUUUUUUAUUAAAAUGUACUUUUAAAAGGCUUUCCUCAGUUUUUUCCUAAGUUAAGUCAACUUAUCACUUUUUACAGUGUGCUCUCUCUCUCUCUCAAAAGUAUUGUAUUACUUAAUACUUUCUAAAUCCCGUAUCAACCUCGAUCAGGUGAAGAAUAGACAUGAAACUGCUUUUAAUUCUAUAAGAUACAUAAUAUAAAAUUGCAUAAAUGAUUCUUGAACUGACCAAACUAUAUACAGAGAGAAGGCUGCAUUAAAAACCUAUUUUAAUAUCAGAUGUUAAAUUUUGAUGUUAAAUCCACUGUUGUUUUAUAAAGCAUUCUAUAUUUCUAUACAGUAUUUAAUGCAAUUACAUCAGAAAUAACUGCAAUUAAAUUACAGACAAAUUAAGAGUAAUCCCUUACUCUACCUUUUUUUUUUUUUUUUUUUUAAGGGAAAAGUAAUUAAUUACAAUAAUUAAUUACUUAGUAAUGCAUUACACCCAACACUAGGUUAUUUCAGCCAUCCAAGACCAAGUCCUAUCUACAUGAAUCAGGAAAUACUGGAAUAACACAAAUAUGCCACACAGUAACAUAUUUCAACAAAAUGUAAAAUUAACUGUCACAUAAAUAAUGUUUUUAUGCUCAAAUAGCAUUAAAAAAGCUUAUAUUUCAGGCUGGGCGAUAACAUUUGUUUUAUUUAUCUACAUUUAUGAUUAUUAACCAGCAUGCUGAAAGCAUUUCAUAACAAACAGUGUUAAAUUGGGAAAAUGAUUUGGAGAUGGAAAGACAACUAAAACUAUGAAACAACUAGUUAGCCUUGUUUUUCUGAGCGUUUUGAAUAUCAGAUGAGGUACAUUGUUUGGUGUUAGUAGAUAGUUGUUUUUUUUAAGGAAAAUAAAAAUAGUCUAUUUGUCACCUCA